UGCCCCGCCCCGCCCCGCCCCUCUGCUGGUGGGCCGCACGCGCCGGGGUGUCCCCCUGCGCCCGGCCCCCUGGGGAGGGAAGUUGUCCCCGGGCUGGUCACAGCCCAGGGGCUCUGGAGCGGCGGGGGCGGGGGCGGGGGCGAGGGCGGCCCCUUUAAGGAGUCCUCUGCGGUAACCGGAGCCCGCAGUCGUGGCGCAGCGGCCACAGCGCUUCGGGCUCCUCCCGGCGGUAGCGGCGCGGCAGCGGCGGCAGUGGCAGCAGCAGCGGCAGCGGCAGCAGCGGCUAGGAGCGCGGCUCCCGCUCUCUCGCUCUCGCGGGGCGGCAGUGGAGAGGCGCGGGCCCAGGAGCAGACGGCCCUGCGGGAGCGCGGGGACCCCGGCCCAGCUGUAGGUAAAGGUAAAUUUCUGUUCUAAUGUGGGUGUAUGAAUUGAGAAGUCAAAAAAGUGCUCAAAGGAUUACUGCAAUUAUAGUGGGUUGAAGAAACAUGGAUUCUUACAGUAUUAUUGGCAUUGUUUUUACCAGUUUUCUCAUGUUUCAACUUCUUUUCCAUGUUGUAAGUCCUUGGUUUUCAGCACAAGUAACCUCAGGUUUUAACAAACUAAGCACCCAAAAGAAGAUCGAAUGGAACUCAAGGAUAGUAUCCACAUUCCAUUCCUUGCUGGUUGGUUUUUUAUGCCUAUAUAUUUUAUUUUUUGAUGAGGCUACUAUAGCUGAUCCCCUUUGGGGUGAUCCUUCAGUUGUUCAAGUGAAUCUUGCCAUUGCUUCAGGCUACCUCCUCUCUGAUAUGUUUCUUAUCAUUUUGUACUGGAAGGUGAUUGGUGAUAAGUUUUUUAUCAUUCACCAUUCAGCAGCUCUAUAUGCAUACUACUUUGUACUGAUGAAGGGAAUGCUGGCAUAUUUUGGUAACUUUCGUCUGAUUGCAGAAUUUUCUAAUCCUUUCGUGAAUCAACGGUGGUUCCUCGAAGUGCUAGGAUAUCCCAAGUCUUCCAAAGCUAACAUCAUCAAUGGCGUACUAAUGACAGUAGUAUUCUUCAUCGUAAGGAUUGCAGUCAUACCGCCUUUCUAUAGUCAUAUUUAUGCUGUAUUUGGAACAGAAGCUUUCAACAGACUAGGAUUUGCUGCCCAAAGUGCCUGGAUUGGUUGCAGUGGUGUUUUAGAUGUGAUGAAUGUGAUGUGGAUGAUCAAAAUUUCAAAGGGAUGCCUCAGAGUUAUCUCUCUCAUAAGAAAGGAAAAAACCAACAAGUAUCAUCAGAAUGGAAAACUUGACUAAAAAUGGCAUAUCGAAAAACAAACUACUUCAUUACCUUACAUUUGUGCUGAUAUGUGCUGAUUUGACAUUUCUUGGCAUGGUCUGUGCUUUAUUAAUAUUUGCUAUUCAAGAUUUCCAUGACAACAUCUGUUUUUAACUCUAGGAAAGAAAAACCAAGAGUAGCUUUUAUUCCAAGACACCUUUUCAGCUUUCCAGCUGCCUUAUAAGCAUGAAUACAACUUUAGGAGUUUAAAGAACAACUUACAAAUACAAUGGAGAUUCUUCUGAAAUGUAUUACCUGCACUAGCAUUUUUCACCAUGAAAAGAUGGCUGUGUUCAUGUGUGUGGUGCACUUUGUUUUAGCUGAUUAAUUCUGUUGACAGAAUUUAAAUUAUCUUUAACUCUUUUCUAUCAGUGUUUUCUUGGCAACCAACACUAAUAUGGGGCUUGACUUCUAAAUUGUCAAUACUAACUAAGGGACUUUGGGAUAUGAAAAUAGUGAAUCUGGCACAGCUUAUCAUUUUAAAUAUCAGGAUGAAGUACUUUGCUUCAUCAUAUGUAUGUAGUUAGCUCAAUCAUGGAAAAUAUUUCCUGCAUUUCUUUAGGCAUACACAGAUUUUGUAUAUAUGCUCUUUUUACAUUUUUUUCUCCUGUUUCUCACAUGUCUAAAAACAUUAAAUUUUGAUUAGUUGAUAGCCAAAUUUUGGGAUUGAUUAAAAAAAAAUAAAACCACCUUAGUUUCAGAGAUAUUUUAAUCAUUUAGAAUUUCAUAAUUCCCAGUUUAAGGCCUGGGUUCAAAUUUUGUCUAUCCUGAUGAAAGAACUUCUUUGUUAUUAGAAAACUUCUUUUCUUUCUUUUUCUCAAUAUUUGACUUCAAAAAAACUGUUUUCUCUAGAACUGAGCACAUCUUUCCUUAAUAUGUAUUGAUGAAAGGAGAGAUUGGGGAGGGGGGAAACUCCACAGUAUUUAACACUAGUAGACAUGUCAGAAGGACAUUUCAAAUGUGCCUAUUCUGCUGUUUUAGCUCCAUCUUAUUUUGCUAAUCCCUCCAAAACUAAAAUAUUUGUCAGCAUCUUUAUGACAAAAUAUACUAAUGUUUAUCUGCUUUCUCAUUUGGUAUAUGAAAUAAUCUCUCUUUUUCACUAUAUGUGGUCAUUUAUUAAGGAAAGCUAUUAAACAGGUUUUUAAAAAAAAACUCUGUCUUUAGCAUUUUAUCAAGUUAUUACUGUGGUCUAUUUUUAUAUUGCAGUAAAAACUGACAUAGACCUAAUUAAAAAUUUCCAAAAGAGAGGGAUGAUUUUUCUAAAAAUGUCAGUAGGUGAUUAUGUGGUUAGAAUAGUAGGAUGAAUUGCAAGGGGGAAUUGCUGUGAUUUUGCUGCCUUGUCUCCCUCUCCACCUACCUUGCAGAUGAUAAAUUAUUCUCUUGGGGUUUGCAAAAUCUUUGCUGCAUUUAGAGCCCAAUAAUCAUCAGUACUAAAGGUCUUGUGCUAUAUAGUAUCCAUCAUAUACUUGAGGCAGGCCAUUUAUCUUCCUAAAAAUUCUCUAAAAAUAUUGGAGGUUUUUUGGUUUUACAUUUUCAUAGAAAAUUGAGACCCAAGGAUGUGUGCUUUAAAAAUAUUUUUUAUUGUUUUCAUUUGGUCUAAAUGACAAAGGAUAUAAUUUAAUUAUUUAUGUGUGUUGGUUAUCAGUUAUCACUUUAUCACAUGUAUGUAAAAGAUAAUGGUUUAUUUGCUGAAAGCCCAGUGACUGACCUCUUUUUUUUUUUGUCCUUCCUAAGAAAGGAAAAUAUAUUUUUUAUUAAACCAAGGACAUACAUCAGGGAAUUAAAUGAAUCUUAAUAAAAAAAUUUUGUUUAAAGAAAAUUUCUAAUUUGCACCAGAUUAUUUUCAUUGGGAUAGAACUUUCAUAACAAUGUAUAUUAUAACAUAUAUAUGUAAAUAUAUAAUAACAUAGUACGAUAAAAGUUCCAUUUUGGGUUCUAAAUGGCUUAGUAUUGACAGGAAUGACUUAUUAAAUCAAGCCAAAAUUUUAUUUUGUUUUGUUUUUCUAUUUGAUUCAUUUGUCCAGGCUGUAAGUUAAGAAAAGCCAUUUGAAGGGAAAAAAAACUUAUACUUAAACCAUUUAGUUAAACUAUUGGCAUUUUUAAAAAAACACUUAUUUUUUUUAUUCUUAAAGUUAAUGGCACAUUACUAGCAUGUUACACCCAAACAUUCAAUAAACAUUUAUUGAUUGAAUUAUUUAUUUAGAUGGGGAAAAUGGAUAAAUAUUUUUCUCACACCUGCCUUUCUGACAAACACACAUACAUACAGGAAAUACAUUCCUUGGAAUGAAAAAAAAAUUAAAAUAAAGAAAUUAGCUCUUAAAAUAUCUUUUUGGUUCUGAACAGAGAUUAUAAAAAGCUACUUAAAAUAAAGACAGUAUAAAUUUAGUAUUCCAAGGUGCAAUAUAGUAUUUCCAGCUAAAACUGUUCAUAUAAUUGUCACAAACAGUAUCUCUCAUUGUCAAAAGUACCACAGAUAUGAAUAUAUUUGAAGUGUCAUUUUAGAUUAAGCUAUUUUUGCUGUUUAGUCAAAAUUUACCACUUGUCUAUGUAUUUACUUCAUAUCACUUUACAUAAAUUCCUUAAUUUUAAAAUCCAACUUUAGUUGCUGAUAUAAAACAUGAAAGGAAGGCAAGUUUUAUAACUUGUAAUUCAUAUGGUUCACAGAAAAGAUAUUUCCUCAAAAAAAAAUAUAUGUGUGUGUGUAUAUAUAUAUAUAUAUAUAUAUAUCUGAGAUGCAGAUGGUUUAAUGAUUGAGGAUACCUCUCAUUAAGAGAUGGGACAUUUUAGCUAUUAAAUAUUCUAAGUAUUUGGAUCUUAGAUGAAUCUUAUGGCUUCUAAUAUUGGAGACUUAAUUAAAUUUAUCAAAAUGAAGCAAAUCGACAUAAGGAUAUUUUCUAAUAAUUUUUUUUGGUAGGAAAUUACAUUAUUGGUAACCUGAUGUUAUGAAGGAGUUAUUAGACUUUCUUCUAAAACUUUCAAACUGUCACUUUAAAAAUCAGCAGCAAAUUUUGUUACAUAAUUUCAGUUAAUUACCCAUGUGGUUGUUCAUGCAAGAUCAGAGUUAAGUAUUAGCUGUGUAAGUAAUUAACACAAUUAAGUAUUUUCUUUGGGUAAAUUAAAGAAUUAUGAGCUCGAGUUUGCUUUCUUACAUAAAAAAUCCUCUUAAUGAGAAGAAUGUCUGCAAUUGUUUAAAAUUCAGAGUGAUAGGUUACAGGAUGUUUAUGUAAGAUUGGGAAAGUUCUUUAUUAUUAUAAGUUUGUUUUCAGUCCAGCUGCUAAAAAUAUGUAACAUUUACGAAAAAGCCCUUCAUUGAAAAAGAUAUAAUAGUUCCAUGCCUUUAUCUUCUUUAAACAACUUAAAUGUACUGUGCAGAACUCAGUAUAGUCUUCUUAAAGGUCUAGUUAAAAAUUUACCUAGUUUACAGCAAACAUUUAAAUAAAACUUUUCUAAAAUUGAAAAAGAAAUUUGACUCGAAUUACAUUUUUACUGAUGUAGGGUUUUUUUUUUUUAAUUUAUGCUUACAAUUUGUAUAACUUCUUUGAAAUACAUAUGAAGUUUUGGUGGCUUAGGCACCACAAAAUUGGACUUCAUUUUUAAGAAAAGCUGACUUCAUUGUCAGUUACAAGGUUAGUUUCUAAUGCAUGCAGCACAAGAGUCAUCCAAAGGUAUGAAGGUAUCUAGAGAUAGGUAUUAUAGUUUUGAACUGCGUUCUACUCUAGUUCUUAGAAGGAAAUUUGCUAUGCCUAAAAAAUGGUUGUGUUCCUGGGGAUGCUUAAAGUAAGACACUUUAAUUGUUUUUAUUGCAAUUGCUCCAGGCUAAAAGUUUGGCAGAAAUAGUUCUGAAUUGGGUAACUUGAAAAUAUGUCUAUAAUAUGUAAUACCAGUUGUUAACGUUGAUUAAUCACAGAACAUGAAGUUGUAGACUUAAAGUUUUAUUAAGAAGCAAAUGAAAAACAUGACAUCAGAAAAGUAGUCAUGGUGCCCAUCUUGGUACACCAAGGAACUGGCAAAGACAUACACAUGUCCCUUGCACAAACUUAAGAGUGGCUAAUUCCCCAGUAGAUCUGUUCCAGGGUAGUCUAGACCCAGUGGGGCCUGGAGAUGAAAUAAGAUUAUUAGAGGGAAGCUUUUUUACCUUAAUGUGAAGAGUGCUCCGGGCAUAGAAGUCCCUCUUUCCCUCUCUAACCCAGACCACGUGAGUGUAUUUUUUUUGUUGAUAGCACAGAGAAAUGUCACAUUGCUUCCUCUAAGCCUGUCUACCACUAACAUUCUGCUAUGGCACUUUACUAGCUAACCUUCUGUUAAGGUCUCCCCUUCCCCUAGACUCUUAGUCCUUGGUAUAUUGGGAAAAAUUUAGAAAUAAACUUAUAAGUUGAUUGUGGCACAAAGGAUCAUAUGAAAAUAUGAGUGAAAACCAAUCAAUCCGUGUUUUAUUAGCUAUGGACAGUCAUUCAGUCCAAAUAGAAAUGGUUCUCUAGCGUUUAAAAACAUUUCAGGACCUUAACACCUGUUUAUUGUGUGAGGGAAUGACAAAGAUGAGGUUUUCCAUACUUUAUGGGCUACUUAGGGACCAUAAUACUUGGUCUUGGUAUGAUCUAUUCAACAGUUCCACCAGCAAAUAAAUGAUUUAUUCAGGACAUUUUGCAAAACUAUGACACCAAUAAUCCUUUUCCACAAUUGAGUCCCAAGUAGCCUAUAAUUUCUUUGGUAAUAACAACAGUAUAUAUGAAUGAGGAGAGCACUUUGGAAACGAGUGAAGAAUCACAGGCAGCUAUAAUAAAAGGAUGAUUUGCAAGGAAAAUGUUUACAUUGAUUCACUUUUAGCAAUGGACAUGUCUUGAUGUGAGGCCUUACGCUUAGGACCAAGGACAAUGGAAAAGACUAUUUCCAAAUUGAAAAAUAAGUAUCUUUGCAUAAAGGAAUACCUCUGGCUGAAAACUCGUUAAGCAUUGGCUAUGUAGUUUUUGCUUUGUACCUCUGUGUAAUCUUGUAAUUAAAUGAUGUGAAGGUUAUUUGCUACUUCCUGGUAAACUAAACCUAAAACAUAAAAGCAAAUAAAACAUGGUGUAUUUUUUCCUUCCUCUCUUGCCUGAUUGUUGAACUAUUGUAUAAUAAUGUCUGUAUUUUAAGGGCUUUUAUGUAAGCAUAGAAGACACUAGAUUUUUAGUACUUGCUACCAAGAAAUGUAUGAGAAUGUUUUAAAAUUUUUUUAUCAAAAUUUUUAAUAUAAAAGGAAUUAAAAGUUAUGGAUUUUAUUUGAAAACUAUAUGCAUACUGCAAUAAAUACAAAAAUUUAGAUAUUUUAGAUGUAAAUGAACUACAUAUGUAAUGCUUGCACACAGAAAUUCUAUGUAAAAGAAUAAAGAGCACAUGUAUUUAAAAACUGGUUCUAUGCAUAACUUUAUUAUUUAUUCUAAUUCUUAAACUAUUUGCUUUAAAAUUAGCUAAUGACAUAAUUUUAUAGACGUCUCAUAGAAUGCUUAGAUGUAUAAUCUAGUAAAAAAAGUUUUUAAAAGACAAAAGUACUCUAUCUUCCUUGAUCUAUUGGACAAUAAAACAAAAUCAUGCUCAAAUUUAAUGGAAUUAAAUCAACAAUCUAUCAAUUUUUGUGGUGUAUAUUUUGAUUUUUCUCCUUUGGGUCUUUGUAUGUUCUCAGUUUGAAGAAAAUAAAAUAUUUAGAAAAUUUCACUGAAGCUAUAAGUAUUUGAAUAGCUAUAAUUUGUAUAAAUAUAUGCAGUUUUGAGUUGUGCAAUAGUAUCUAAGCAAUAAUCCUCAUGUCAUCAGAAUGAUUAAGUUUAUAAUAAAGAGAAUGCGGUUUUAUCCUGUGAAAUUACAUUUAUUUAAGAAGAAUUAAUAAAAUUUUAAAAAAUCA